AUGGAGAGUGGAAGUAAAUGGGGUUAUGUUGAAACCCGGAGAGAUCAUCCGAAGGAGUUGAGACUUGUUGGCUCAGGCAAUGAUGAUGAUGAUGAUCAUCCUUUGGAGAAUAGAUCGGUGGUUGUUGACAAUGGGGAGAGAGAUGAAUCUUUAAAGAUUCUAAGAGAUUACAUUGUUUCGAAUGUGAGAUUUAUCGGUUCUUCUUCCUCGGGGGAGUUGAAACAUCGGCACUUACCUAGCUCGGAGUUUGUGUAG